AUGGAGACUGAUAAGAUGUCAACGGCGUCUUCGGUGGGGGCGGCGGAGCGGCGUCCUCUUAUGCAAGCACUUGUGCUCGAGAGGCGGAUUCUCUUUGGGUGUACAGUAUUAAUAGGUCUUUGCAAUUUUAUCUGGAUAGCUGCAGUUUGUACACAAAAGUGGGUGUCUAUAAACGGAGGCAAUGGUAUUCACCUGCACACCGGUCGGUAUUUCAUGUGGAGCGAGACUGGGGUAUGGGAGAUGUGCCGAUACGUCUUCCAGCCAAAUACUACACUAACGGGGAAAAAUUUCACUAAUCCAGCAGUUCCUAAACCACAGAAUAUAACUGGAUUAAAAGGACAUUUUCACACAAAAUGUACAAAUUAUUUGGCGCAGCCUGCCAUGGAGAACGGCCGCCCAGUUGAUUUUGCAUAUGAAGUAAAUAUAGCCAACUAUGUCCGAACAAUGAUAUCGUUCGGCAUCAUCAGCUUAUUCGUCAUGGCAAUGGGCUGUGGAUUUUCAACUUACACCUUCGUCAACCCCAGAUAUAUGUUCAAACGGCUUGCUGCCGGCAUACACUUCAUAAGCACAUCAUGUACAUUUGUAGUGGUACAAGUAAUGAUGUCGUCUGUUGAUCACAUGAAAAAGAAUGUAAAGUUUGUCUACCCGGAACGUGCCUAUCAUUACUUUGGUAUCAGUUUCUUCUUAGCCUGGUUCGUCGUCCUUGUCAACUUCUUCGCGGCUGCAUCCUUUCUUUGGUAUUCUCGAAAAAGGAAAGGCGAUAAGGCAGCCACUGAUGAACUGGCCAUGGCUGAUGAACCGACGAUAAUCGGCCGAUGA